ACUUCCGGUUUCAUUCCUUUCUGAUCCUCUUCGAGAUACUUCAAAUUUGAAAAAUAUGUCGUCAGCUUUGGGUUUAAAUGAAGGUCACCAGUCCACUGUUCUUAAUUAUAUGCGAUUUGCUCGAUAUCAACGCGGUCAAAGACUCAGAGGUAUUGAUGCUUCUUUCAAAGAGUUGAAAGACAGCAGGUUGUGCGAAGACACCUUUACAGUGGACGAAGUCGAGGACAUGCUGGAUGGCUUAUUGGUUGUUAUUAGAGGAGAGAUGGAAUCGGAACUCCUGAACACUGCUCACACAAACGUCCUUCUUCUUCGACAGCUAUUCCAACAAGCAGAGAAAUGGCAUUUGAAAUUACAGGCUGAUAUUUCCGAACUAGAAAAUAGAGAAUUGCUCGAACAAAUAAAGGAAUUUGAAGAACAGCAGUUCUCUGGAGUGAAGAAAGACGCAGAAUUUAAAUUGCAGCCAUUAAAUGAAAGUAGCUCAAGUAAUUUAUUACAAGCGGAAAUUAACCGACUAAGAGAUGAAAACGAUACCUUACGACAGAGAUUAAAGCAAGCUGAAAGUCAAGCUAUGGAUGCAGGCAGAGAUCGAAACAAAUUGAAAAGUGAACUAGAAAACGCCAGAUCCAAUUUAUCGAGUUCAUCACGUGAUAGACGAAGUAUUGAUGAUGGCGAAUUUGAUGAACUUCAGAGAAAAAUGAAGGGAUUGAAAUCGGAACUGGACCAUACAAAAAUGUCGUCAAGAGAAACGGCAGAAUCACUGGGUAGUGAUUUAACCAAAGCGAAGCAUGAGCUAUUGAAAAUUAGAGCAGAUUUAGAACUGGCAGAAAAGCAAUUAGAAAAGAAGGUUUCGCAAACGGCACCAUUUAAAAAUUUGAAGCAGAUGCUGCAGAAAAAGAACGACCAAAUAAAAGAAUUAAGACGAAGACUAGGAGACGAUGAUGACUAUUAA